AUGCAGCUCCAAUCUUUUUGCAGCAUAGCCUUGGCGACUUUUGCCUGUAUCGAAAUAGUCAACGCUGGCUUUCCUAUUACAGGUGUCCAGACGGGAAUGCAGAAUGGGUCCGGGCCUGCACCUCCAAGACAAAACAUCCUCGAUCUUUACAAUGACCAGAUCCAGUUCUCGCUAUAUAUACAAGCCUUGAAUUCCUUUCAGCAAGUUAAUGAGAGUAACUUGACUUCAUAUUUCCAGGUGGCGGGUAUUCACGGAAGACCUUAUAUUGCUUGGGAUGAUAUCGGAUCCGAUCCUACGGGCACUCAGAAUGGUAUCCCAAGUGGGUAUUGCCCGCAUGGAAACACUCUGUUCCCUACGUGGCAUCGUCCUUAUCUCGCGCUCUACGAGGCAAGUAACUCGUCAUCGCUUUGUACAAGCUUUCUAACAAUCAUGCAGCAAGUAUUAGCCGGCUUCGUUCAGGCUGCCGCCAAAGCCUAUAACUCGACGACUUAUCAAACAGCGGCAGAUCAUUUUCGCAUUCCCUUCUGGGAUUGGGCCGCCGUUGAUCAGCGAUUCCCUGAUGUCAUGACCUGGCCAAGUGUUAGCAUCAACACUCCAAACGGGACACGGAAUGUUACGAAUCCUCUUUAUCGAUAUACCUUCUUGAACCAUCCCGAGCCUGCUAACUGGUUUCCUACCGAUCAAGAGACCUACCUUGGAUCACAACCAUGGACCAUCAGACAACCUGAUGGAAACAACGUGUCUGAUGAAGCCGCCAUGGAAAGUCAAUUUGUGCAGGAGGGGCAAUUCUUAUCAGAUCAAGUUUGGUCAAUUUUCGCAAAAACGAGAAAUUACAAUAACAUGUCGACUACCAGCAAUAAAGGAAAUGCAUUUGAGGGUCCUCAUGGAACUGUACACGUACUAAUUGGAGGAGAUGGUCAUAUGACCUAUCUAUCGUUUUCCGCAUUCGACCCCGCAUUUUUCCUCCACCAUGCCAACGUCGAUCGCCAGAUUGCCAUGUGGCAAGCAAUCUAUCCCGGCGAAUGGCUCCAACCCGAGGCUGCUGCUUCCGGGACGUGGACCAUAUACCCAAACACACAAAUCGACGAGACUACACCCCUGGCGCCGUUUACAUCCAGCGAUGGAAAGACGCUGUAUACACCAGCUACAUCUCGAUACACACAGAACUUCGGCUACUCGUAUAACGAUGCUCCAUAUUGGCAGCUCCCGAACUCGAGCGACCUUUCGGCCAAUGUGACAGCGAGAGUCAACCAGCUGUACAACGGCGAUGGACACCUAGGAACCUGGCCUGCGAAAAGAUCAAUAGGGGUCGGAGGCAGCGGUCUCGAGAAGAGAACUGUAGAUCGCGAUUGGUCUGUUGCAGUUCAGGUUCCCAACGCAGCUGUCAGCGAGCCCUUCUCCGUCGGGGUAACGGUGGGAAGUACACUUGUUGGGAAAAUGUUCAUCCUUCAUACACCGUCGCAGAUUGAACUUGAUGCUGGGGUGGACCGGUGCACGCAUGCGGAGUUUACUCUUAAGAAUGCGUUGAGUGGUGUUGAGGCUGGCGAUGUUACGGCCGUGGUGGAAUAUCUAAAGGAAAACUUGAGGUGGAGUGUUGUGAAGAACUCGGAUGGCUCUGUUGUGGGUGAUGUGGAAGGGCUGGAGGUUGAGGUCGCAGAUGAGAUUGUGGAACCUGCAAACGAUAUCUUCAUGUUUCCAAGCUAUGGUGACAGGACUGUCCAUCCUGAGAUCACGACUGGAUUGUAUUAA